AUGCGAAUGAAGGAAGAAGGUGAACUUGGAAACAACACAGAACUAGUAAUUAUGUGUGAUGACAAACCACCAGUUAUUGUAGUUUGUGGCGCAACCGGAGCACAAGGUGGUGCUGUUGUACGUGCAUUGGUUGAAACUGGAAAAUACAAGAUACGUUGUCUAACACGUGAUCCGUCCUCAUCAAAAUCACAAAGAUUACAACAAGAGUUCGGCAGUAGUGCGGACAUUGAAUUAAUUAAAUGUGAUCUUCAAAAGCGUGACGAUGUGCGUCAGGCAUUUCAAGGUGUAUGGGCAAUAUUUGCACUAACAGAUUUCUGGGCAAACCCGACCAAACCUGAAUUGGAAAUUGAUAGUGGAAGGCUAAUGGCCGAUGUCGCAGCAGAAAAUUUGAGCAGUACUUAUUCCCCCUAUUUUAUUUAUUCAUGCUUGGAAAAUGUCGAACAGGGAAGCGGAGGGAAAAUGUAA